GGGCGCUAGCACACCAGUGGUUGGGAGGGGCCUCCUUCAAGGUCGCCUGGACCCAGUCCUACUUCUACCUCGUAUAGCAGGAAGCCCCCAACUGCAUCAGGGUGGUUUUGGCCUCUGCCUGCAUACAUCCAGUGAUGGGGAGCUCACCACUUGAGGUAGCUGAUUCCAUUACUGAACUGCUUUGACUGUUGGAAAGUUCUUCCUCCAACCGAACGCAAGUCGGCUUCCCUUAUAACUUCCCUCAUUGGCUCCAGUUUCAGGCCUUGGUACAAAUACCAAAGUACCCCAGGUAGUGGCUGGGCUGCGGGCUGAGGAUUCUAGAACACUGGUGUGUGGGCGAAUGGUGCUGCCCCAGAUGUGAUGGGGGGCAGUCUGCCAACGGGGGUCAGGGAGCAGAGAAGCAGGAGUGGCACUUGGGCUAGACCUUGAAAGGUGAGGAUUCAAGGUGACGAAUGGAGGGAGGACGGCUCGGCAGAUGAGACAGUGUGGGAGGCUCAAAGGCAUGGCAGUGUGCCACCUAGUCAGGAAUGAGACCUGGGGGGCUGGAGCCCAGGGGGCUUGGGGCCAGAGGACAAGAGGCAGCAGCCUCAUCUCUUCUGUCACCCCUGCCCAGGUCUCUGCAGACACUUGGUCUUCCAGGUUUGUGGCUGCUGUGCCCCUCAGCUGCCUUGCCCUGCCACAGGCCUCUGCAAUGUCAUCACCUCUGCACUCCCUCUUCCUGGCACUGGGCCUGGGGCUGGCUGGAACCCUCAACCCCAAUGACCCCAACACCUGCAGCUUCUGGGAAAGCUAUACGACCACCACCAAGGAGUCCCACUCCCGCCCCUUCAGCCUGCUCCCCUUGGAGCCCUGCGACCGGCCCUGGGAGAGCCCCCACACCUGCCCCCGGCCCACGGUUGUCUACCGGACCGUGUACCGCCAGGUGGUGAAGACGGACCACCGAAGGCGCCUGCAGUGCUGCCGGGGCUUCUAUGAGAGCAGUGGGGCCUGUGUCCCGCUCUGUGUUCAGGAGUGCGUCCACGGCCGCUGCGUGGCACCCAACCAGUGCCAGUGUGUGCAAGACUGGCGGGGCGAUGACUGCUCCAGUGCAUGUGCCCCAGGAGUGUGGGGGCCACAGUGUGACAGGCCCUGCAGUUGCGGCAACGGCAGCUCCUGUGACCCCAAGAGUGGGGCAUGUUCCUGCCCCUCUGGCCUGCAGCCCCCACACUGCUUUCAGCCCUGCUCCCCUGGCCGCUAUGGCCCUGCCUGCCAGUUCAGCUGCCAGUGCCACGGGGCACCCUGUGACCCCCAGACUGGAGCCUGCUUCUGCCCUCCUGAGAGAACUGGGCCCAGCUGUGAGGUGUCCUGUCGCCUGGCCGCUGCUGGCUUCUCCUGUCCCAGCACCUCUCCUUGCCACAACGGAGGGGUCUUCCAGGCCUCCCAGGGCUCCUGCAGCUGCCCACCUGGCUGGAUGGGCACCAUCUGCUCCCUGCCCUGCCUGGAGGGCUUCCAUGGACCCAACUGCUCCCAGGAAUGUCGCUGUCACAACGGCGGCCUCUGCGACCGAUUCACUGGGCAAUGUCGCUGCGCUCCGGGCUACACGGGGGAUCGGUGCCGUGAGGAGUGCCCCGUGGGCCGCUUCGGGCAGGACUGUGCCGAGACGUGCGACUGCGCCCCUGGCGCCCGCUGCUUCCCGGCCAACGGCGCGUGUCUGUGCGAACACGGCUUCACCGGGGACCGCUGCGCCGAGCGCCUCUGCCCCGACGGCCUCUACGGCCUCAGCUGCCAAGUGCCCUGCACCUGCGACCAGAAGCACAGCCUCAGCUGCCACCCCAUGAGCGGGGAGUGCUCGUGCCUGCCAGGCUGGGCGGGUCUCCACUGCAAUGAGAGCUGCCCGCAGGACACGCACGGGCCCGGCUGCCAGGAGCACUGCCUCUGCCUGCACGGCGGCGUCUGCCAGCCCGACAGUGGCCUCUGCCGGUGCGCGCCGGGCUACACGGGCCCCCACUGUGCUAGCCUUUGCCCCCCUGACACUUACGGAGUCAACUGCUCCGCACGCUGCUCCUGCGAAAACGCCAUCGCCUGCUCGCCCAUCGACGGUACUUGCGUCUGCAAGGAAGGUUGGCAGCGUGGUAACUGCUCUGUGCCCUGCCCGCCUGGAACCUGGGGUUUCGGUUGCAAUGCCAGCUGCCAGUGUGCCCAUGAAGCAGCCUGCAGCCCCCAAACUGGAGCCUGUACCUGCACCCCUGGGUGGCACGGGGUCCAUUGCCAGCUCCCCUGCCCGAAGGGGCAGUUUGGUGAAGGCUGUGCAGGUCGCUGUGACUGUGACCACUCUGAUGGCUGCGACCCUGUUCAUGGACACUGCCACUGCCAAGCUGGCUGGACAGGAAGCCGCUGCCACCUGCCCUGCCCUGAGGGCUUCUGGGGAGCCAACUGUAGCAAAACCUGCACCUGCAAGAAUGGGGGCACCUGCAUCCCUGAGAAUGGCAACUGUGUGUGUGCGCCCGGGUUCCGGGGCCCCUCCUGCCAGAAACCCUGUCAGCCCGGCCGCUAUGGCAAACGCUGUGUGCCCUGCAAGUGCGUGAACCACUCCUCCUGCCACCCCUUGAAUGGGACCUGCUACUGCCUGGCCGGCUGGACGGGCCCCGACUGCUCCCAGAGUGCUGAGGAUGCAGUGAGGAACAGAUCAGCGUGCCCUCUAGGACACUGGGGAGCCAACUGCGCCCAGCCCUGCCAGUGUCGCCAUGGUGGGACCUGCCACCCCCAGGAUGGGAGCUGUUUCUGCCCCCCAGGCUGGACCGGACACCUCUGCUUGGAAGGCUGUUCUCCAGGGACGUUCGGUGCCAAUUGCUCCCAAGCAUGCCAGUGUGGUUCUGGAGAGAGGUGCCACCCAGAGACCGGCGCCUGUGUGUCCCCGGGGCACAGUGGUGCCCCCUGUAGGAUUGGAAGCCAGGAGCCCUUCACCAUAAUGCCUACCACUCCAAUGGCCUAUAACACGCUGGGGGCAGUGAUUGGCAUCGCAGUGCUGGGGUCCCUGGUGGUGGCCCUGGUGGCACUGUUCAUUGGCUACCGCCAUUGGCAAAAAGGCAAGGAGCACCAACACUUGGCAGUGGCCUACCGCAGCGGGCGAGUGAACGGUUCUGAGUACGUCAUGCCAGAUGUCCCUCAGAGCUACAGUCACUACUACUCCAACCCCAGCUACCACACCCUGUCACAGUGCUCACCUAACCCCCCGCCCCCGAACAAGGUUCCAGGCAGUCAGCUUUUUGCCAGCCUCCAGGCCCCUGAGCGGCCAGGUGGAGCCCAUGGGCAUGACUAUCACGCCACCCUGCCUGCUGACUGGAAGCACCGCCGGGAGCCCCCUCCAGGGUCUCUGGACAGGGGUAGCAGCCGCCUAGACCGAAGCUACAGCUGUAGCUACAGCAAUAGUAACGGCCCAGGCCUGUUCUAUAGUAAAGGGCCCAUCUCUGAAGAGGGACUGGGGGCCAGCAUGGCUUCCUUGAGCAGUGAAAACCCCUAUGCCACCAUCCGGGACCUGCCCAGCCUGCUAGGGAGCCCCCGGGAGAGCAGCUAUGUGGAGAUGAAAGGCCCUCCCUCAGGAUCCCCCCACAGGAAGCCUCCUCAGCUCCGGGACAGCCAGAGGCGGCGACACCCCCAGCCACAGAGAGACAGUGGCACCUAUGAACAGCCCAACCCUCUGACCCAUGACCGAGACUCCGUGGGCUCCCAGCCCCCUCUGCCUCCGGGCCUGCCCCCCGGCCACUACGACUCACCCAAGAACAGCCACAUCCCUGGACACUAUGACCUGCCUCCAGUACGGCAUCCCCCAUCACCCCCACUUCGGCGCCAGGACCGUUGAGGGGUCACGAUGGUGUGCAGAGGCUAGCACACCUAUUCUGCCCGAGGCUCGGGACAGAGCCCGCUGUACCCUGCCAGGAGCAGGGAGAGGACCAGCGGGCCGUGAACAUGAACAUGUUUAAUAGAGGAAGUGCAUGGAAAGGGGAUGGGAGCCUGGCUCCCAGGUUCCAUCCUGGGAGACACUGGUUAUCAGGAAGGCUGUGUUCCCUGUCCCCAGCACACUGCUCCCCAAGGCCCCCAGGGCCCUGUGUACAUAAACUGGUGGGUUGAAUGUUGCUGGAUAAUUCUGAUUUGAGAUUGAUGUCAAAAAUGUAUAUUGGGUACAUUUUCUGUGCACUCACAGGCUGGGUCCUGUGUGUGUGUAUGUGUGAGUGUGAGUGUGUGUGUGUGUGUGAUUUCAGAGGGGUACCAGGCAUAGGUCCUGUCCUAGGGCACUCACCAUUUAGUCUAGAGACAACUCAAACCCAGUUAACUUUAGCAAUAGCCUAACUGGCCUCUCUCUGUGUUCAGUUGGUACCCCCUCCAACCAACUGCUCAAAAUACAAGCUGGUUAGGUCGGCCCAGCUGGAAAAUCUUCAUGGGUGCCCCAUUGUUCUUGGGCCACAGUCAAAACUGUCAAAGACCUUAAAGGCUCUCUGGCCUGGCCUGUCUCUUCAGCCUCACUUUGAACUGUGUUCCCUGUCACUCCACUCCAGCCACACUGGCCUCUAGAUCCUCCUAUCAGCCACACUUCUUCCUACCACAGGGACUUUGCACAUCUGGAAUGCUCUUCCUCCUCCACUCACCUGUUAAUGCCUACCUGUCCUCCACAUCCCCUCCUCAGGGAAGCAUCUCUCUUUCAUAGCGCUGAUCACAACUGUGUUCACUCACCAGAUGUCUGCAGAAGGCCUCAGGGUGCCAGGCCUCUGUAACGUGUUGUUUCUUGAUGUGAUUCUUUGAUUAAUCUGUGCCCCCCCUGCACGAGACUGUAAGUUCCCUGAAGGCAAGAGUCCUGUGUUUAUGCUCAACAAUGGUUCCCUUUGGCACAUGGUAGAAUUCAAUAAAUGUUCCCAAA